AUGGGCCUCUCAUCGGGCAGCCUGCUGUACAGGUCAGAGAUGUUCAGCUUCUUCACCAGAGAUGACACGUUUCCUCUUCCUGGUACCGGCAACACCACCAGGAAGCUGGUGUUUCCUUUGAAAGGAAAACAGGCCACCUGUUCACACAGGAGACGACAGCACAGGGAUGGACAAGGGAGCUCCAGCCUGAGGCGUACGUGGGGCUGCGGGGCGGUGCGGACAGAGAAGGAGAGGGCGGCGUACUCAGUGAUCCGAGAGGAGUACCGCCGGUUGGGGCCCAUGUGCUACGGAGAGCUGAGCGUCCUGGCCCUCUUCCUCCUGCUGGUGGCGCUGUGGUUCACCAGAGACCCUCGCUUCGUGGACGGAUGGGCCUCCCACCUAUUCAACGCCAAGGCUGAGUAUGUAACUGACGCUACGGUGGCCAUGUUUGUGGCCCUGCUGCUGUUCGUCUUGCCCUCUGAACCCCCUCGUUUCCUCUGCUUCUGGAGGUCACAGAGUCCUGACAGCACAGGGCCCCGGUUCCAGAGCCCCGCCCCCGCCCUGCUCACCUGGCAGGUGACCCAGAAGAAGAUGCCCUGGAACAUCGUGCUGCUUCUCGGAGGGGGGUUCGCCUUGGCCAAGGGCAGCGAGGUGUCUGGCUUGUCCCGGUGGCUGGGUGACCAGCUGAGCCCUCUACACUCUAUCCCUCCCUGGGCCAUAGCCAUCAUCCUCUGCCUCCUCAUCGCCGUCUUCACCGAAUGUGCCAGCAACGUUGCCACGGCGACACUCUUCCUUCCCAUCCUGGCAUCGAUGACCCAGUCCAUCAGAGUGAACCCUCUCUACGUCAUGGUCCCCUGCACACUCAGCGCCUCAUUCGCCUUCAUGCUGCCCGUGGCCACGCCCCCUAACGCCAUCGUCUUCUCCUACGGCUACCUGAAGGUGUCAGACAUGGCCAGGACAGGCCUGAUGAUGAACAUCAUUGGGAUCCUUUGCAUCACGCUGGCCAUCAACAGCUGGGGCAGAAUCAUAUUCGACCUGGACACCUUCCCAGCCUGGGCCAACAGCACCGCUGCUGCUGUCAGUCUCGGGGGGUGAGGGUGAGGGGAGGAAGGAGAACCCUGAGAGGCAGGGUACUCCAGUCUAGACACAGAGGCAGCUUCCUCCUCCUCCUCCAAGCCUCUCCCAGACCACUAGUACCUACACUAAGAAUGACUGACCCCCUUCACCUGACAGCUAAAGGCCACAUGGACUGGCCUUACGGGUUUAGUGCAACCAAGUUGUUUCUGAGGUUUUUUUAAAUACACUGAGAAUUCAUGCAGACACACACACUCACAAACACACACAGACACACAGACUUUUAUAACCAUUAACAUGCAAAUGUGAGCUGCUGUACUCAGAAUGAAAAUGAGGAAACCAAAAGGAUAAGGAUAUUCAUGUCUAAAUACAAGUCAUGUUUUAAUGAAUACAUAUUAUUGACAAUGUGUCAGAGUGGAAAUGGAAAUGAUGAUUUCCACAUUUUAAUAGAAUUGUAAAAUUAAAUAAAAUCCCUUUUAUAUAUAUAUUUGUAUAGUUAUCUAUGUAAUUUGCUGAUUUUUGUAAAUCUAUUUUAUUAGAGUUUUAUUAGAUAUCAAUUGUCUUUUGUAUGAAAAAUGU